AUGGCAUCCCGCACCCAGACUCUGCGGGACCCCUCUAUUGAACGCAUCCUGAGCCUGAACCACGACCAUUCGUCUGCCUCAAAUGGCGAGACCACGGCCAGCCCACAAGCGGCUUCACUCCUCAACGAGGAUGGAGAACCUAUAUGGAAAGUUCUUGUAUUUGACAAUCUUGGACGGGAUAUAAUCAGCAGCGUCUUGCGGGUAAAUGACCUGCGGAGCAAAGGAGUAACAAUACACCUAAGCAUAAACUCUCCUCGCUAUCCCAUCCCAGAUGUUCCUGUCCUGUACCUCGUCGAGCCUACUCUGGCCAAUAUACAGCUCAUAUGCUCCGACCUCGCCCGAGGGUUAUACUCCCCAGCCUAUGUCAACUUCAUCUCCUCGAUUUCUCGACCAUUACUCGAAGAAUUCGCCGCCCAGAUCGCCUCCACAAAUACAGCAGACUCCAUCGCCCAAGUCUAUGACCAAUACCUAAAUUUCGUUGUUGCCGAACCAGACUUGUUCAGCCUGGCAAUGGGAAAAGAGUCCUAUUGGACAUUUAAUAGUGCCAAAGCAGAAGCUGAGGUCCAGGAUGCAGCUAUAGACAGGAUCGUGAGCGGGCUAUUCAGUGUCAGUGUGACAAUGGGAUCAGUGCCCAUAAUACGAUGUCCCCAGACAGAACUGGCCAAAAUGAUUGCAACGAAACUGGACCGAAAACUAAGAGAUCAUGUCCUCAACUCCAAAGACAACUUGUUCUCAGCAAAAGGCUCCUCCGCCAAUCUAUACUCCGCGCCCUCAAGACCGGUUCUCAUAAUCCUAGACCGGAAUAUCGAUCUGGUCCCGAUGCUGUCUCAUUCGUGGACCUACCAGUCCUUGGUUCACGAUGUCUUGAAAAUGCACCUCAAUCGGAUUACGGUAGAUGUUGCAGACGAGGGCGACCCGACCGCAAAACCCCGAGCGUAUGACCUUAAUGCAAGCGACUUCUUCUGGGCGCGUAAUGCGAGCGCUCCCUUCCCUCAAGUCGCCGAAGACAUCGACAAAGAACUCACAAAAUACAAAACCGACGCAGAAGAGGUGACCAGGAAAACAGGCGUGAACAGCAUCGAAGAUCUCAACGACAGUUCAACUUCUGCAGCCCACUUGAAAGCGGCAAUAACACUGUUGCCCGAGCUGCGAGAGCGGAAAGCCACCCUGGACAUGCACAUGAACAUCGCAACCGCGCUGCUCAAGGGCAUCAAGGACCGCCAACUCGACAACUUCUUCCAGCUAGAAGAGACCGUUACCAAACAAACCGCCGAUCAAAUGCUCGCUCUCAUCAAAUCGGACGACAAGGGUAACAACCCAUUAGACAAGUUACGAAUAUUUAUCAUCUGGUAUCUCAGCGUUGACAGGGAACCCUCAAAAUCGGAGCUUUCGGAAUUCGAGUCUGCACUCACAACUGCUGGAGUGGGAGAUGCCGUGACAGCAAUCAAACAUAUCUCCAACGUGCGUCUGGAAACACGAGGGACAAUGAUGAGCUCCGCAGCACCAUCUCAGAAUCAACCAUCUUCCCAGGCACCCUUAUUUGGAGGCCUCUCCUCCCUCUCCAAAAAUUUCACCGAAAAGCUCUCCUCCACUGCCCUCGGAAACACGUUCAGUAACGUAAACCUUGAAGCCCUCGUGUCCGGAGUGAAGAAUUUCCUACCAGCAAACAGGGAUCUCACUGUGACCAAGAUUGUCGAGUCAAUCAUGGAUCCUCCCGCCGCGAGUUCCAGCGCGAUCGCCAUGACGGAGGGAUAUCUGUAUUUCGACCCGAGGAGUGCGCAUGCGAGGGGUAUUCCUGGGACGGCGAGCGGCGGCUCGAAUCCGCCGGGAUCAAGAGAUGGUAAGGCAGGCCCCGGUGGUGGCGCAGGUGUGAAUCCCAGCUUUGGCCAGAGGAGACAGGGGUAUACGGAGGCAAUCGUCUUCACUGUCGGAGGAGGCAGUAUGGAUGAAUACGGCAAUCUACAGGAAUGGGUCAAGCGGACAAGUGGGUUAGGGACUGCCGGUGGUGGUGGCGGCGGAGGAGUAGGCGCAAGUGCGCCGCGGACGAGGAGAGUCGUCUACGGGAGCACCGAGUUGGUCAAUGGAGAGGACUUUCUGUCCGAGUUGGUGAGAUUAGGGAAAGAACUCUAA